UCAGCCGCGGAGACAUAACUACACAGUACACACGAGAUGAGAGAAUAAAGACAACUUUAUCUUCGUGCCUUCAUACAUCAACCCUUAGUGAGAUCAUUUUUUAUCGUUGUAUAGCAUCAACUGAAUGGAAUAUUGGUGCAUUGAACGACAAUUUUUAUCCUUUCAACAAUCAUAUGCAACUUGGCGUCUCCCUUUUCUAACCUGUUUGCGAAAAGAUUUGGAAGUAACAGCGUGCCGAUAAACUCCAAGUAGAUUAUAAUUUUUUUAGUGACUGUUGCAAUUAUUACAAAUGCUUUUGUUGUUAGACACUUAUUUGUCAGAAAUUUCUUAAGGGUUUUCAGACAAUAAGUAUUAACAAUGGCAACGCAAUCAGUGCAUUUUUGAAGAUGUUUAACGUUCCUACCUAAGGUUAUUGUUAUUUAAGAUAAAUUUUUCCUUGUGGGCCUUGUAUAGUUGUAAAAAUGUCUGAGAUGGAAGACCUUGAUUAUUUAUGCCGAUUAUGUGCCACAAAAAUAAAUCUUCUUAUGGGUCUACCCAUUUUUGAAGAGAAUGAUCAUGUGAGGAAUUUACAUAAAAAAAUUGCUGCUUGCUUACCUGUUCAGAUUUCAAUGACAGAUCAAUUACCAAAAGUGAUUUGUCAAGAAUGUUUUUCGAAAGUAGAAGAACUAUUUGACUUUCGUGAAAAAGUUUUGCAGACUGAAGGAAUGUUUAUGCAGAUGCUCAAAGCAAUUGCAAAAGUUGAUCAUGAUAUUAAUAAUGUUACAAUGGAUGAUAUUCAGAGUAUAAGUAACAUCAACAGUAUACAAAAUUCCAGUGUUGCAAGGCAUAGUGUAAGAAAUGUUAUUCAUAGCAUACCAGUCAUAGAUAAUAUUAAUAGUAUGUCUAGUAGAGAACAAGAUGAAAAUCAAGAUGAUUUAAGCCAAGAAGAGACUGAUCUAGAAGUGACUGCUUUUCAUUUAGAUGGAGAAACAGUGAGGAUGGUGAAUGAGCAAAUAACAGAGGUUUCCAACCAAGAGAUAGCAAUGCAUUUAGACAGUGACAUGGCUGUAACAGUAGAAAAUUUGACAGCAGCUGGUCAUCAUUUGAGUCACUUGGGUAUCGAAUACGUGACGACUCUAGGUAUACAACCCAAUCCUCGCAAGUCACACCCGCAACAAAGUAGUUUUCCUUCUUCGCGAGCUGAGAGCGAUGUCGACGAUCCUUUGAACGUCGAUGUCAAUGCUCAUCAAACGUUUACCUUACCGUCGACAAGCCAUAGUAACACUACGCAUGCAAUUUUACUGCAAUAUACAAAAGAAACAAAAGAUGCUCUGCUAACGAGCGCGCUCAGCAAUCUUACUGCUGAUGAAACUGAUGCUCAAUGGUACAUAUGUCCAUUUUGCAACGAUGGUAUUUCCGAGCCAAAUAACUUUGCGGUUCAUUUUGAGCAGCACUUCUGCAGCUGUCCACACUGUGAUGCUUAUUUUACAAGUCUGGAUGUGUUGAAUCUUCAUAGACAAGAGUGCGUCGAAGGUAAGCACAAAGUCGACGUUGAUAGAAGCUCAGAUGAUACUGCGCAAAAUUUACUGGCUGAUGAUGCAAAGCAACAACAACAAGGAAACAGACCCAAGUGGACGCCUAAAGUUUGUUCACAUUGUGGCAAAGAAUAUAGAACGAAUUAUAAGCUACAGGAACAUAUGCGAAGACAUACCGGUGAAAAGCCAUUUCAGUGCGAAUUGUGCGAAAAGGCGUUUCGCAGUAAAAUUGGUUUAGCUCAACAUACGGCAACACAUACCGGCCAAUUUGAUUACAAUUGCUCGACUUGCGGUAAAGGCUUCCAAUGUAAGAGUUACCUUAUCGUACAUCAACGCGUUCAUUCAGAUGUUAAGCCAUAUUCGUGUUCCACCUGUGGUCAAAAUUUCAAGACAAAACAGUCACUACUCGAUCACGAGAAUCGCCAUAUGGGUGUGAAACCGUACAAAUGUGAAAUUUGCGGAAGAGGUUUUAUCACUAAAGGACUUUGCAAAAGUCAUCAGAGAAUACAUUCUGGCACUGAUAAUAGACAGUAUCCUUGCGUUGUAUGUAACAAGAUGUUUGUUAGCAAGAGUUAUCUCAAUACUCAUAUGAGGAUUCACACUGGUGAGAAACCGUAUCUUUGCGAGGUUUGCGGUAAAGGUUUCCUAACAAGGGUCGAUUUGAAAAUUCAUUCUACCAUGCAUACCGGUGAGAAAAGCUUCAAAUGCGAUCUAUGCGGCAAAGUUUUCGCGAGGCGUUCAGCAUUACGUUGCCACAGACGAUCGCACACUGGCGAACGACCUUAUAGGUGCGAGAUUUGUGGCAAAACGUUUACUCAGUUCAGUCCAAUGGCCAUACACAAAAGGUUGCAUACUGGUGAACGACCUUAUGAGUGUGAUCUUUGCGGCAAAUCAUUCGUAUCGAGAUCAACAAUGAUGUCUCACAGAAAAAAACAUAAUUCUAGCGAGCCACCGCCGCCGGAUAAGAACGCAAAAGAUAAUUUAACAGAGCAGAAAAAAAAUGGCCUUUUGAAAUCUCAAACUUCUACUGCGGAAUAGAUCAAACAUUUUCAAUGCAAAUCGAAAUGAGAUUUAGAUAUACUUUUCAAAUAAUGAAUUUAAUGUUACUUUACAUUUCUUUUAAUGUACGUAAUAAUCGAAUUUUCAAGGUACAAGAUAAAGUCUAAGGUUUUUGAUUAAUUUUAAUUUAGCCUUAUGAUAUUCGAGGUAACGUCGAAACGAUCUUUAAUUAUCCUUUUUUUUCAUUCGAGUAAAGAAUUAAAAAAUGCACCUCUGCAAAAAUAUUGCUAAAUCGUAGAAAGAACAAAAAAAAUGUUUUUUUUAGGCAUUUUAUACUUAUUACUGCGAAUAGAUGAGAGAGAGAGAGAGAAAGAGAAAAUAUGUUUUGCAAAAUGAUAAUAAAUAUACAGAUAUUUUUUAUAUUUAAUAUAUAGAUAGCUGUAAAUAAACUAUUUCUUUUUUCAAUGAAAUAAUUGUAGUAUAAGAUACUCUUUGCUGGCAAAAAAAUACGAUCAGAUAUUGCAUUGUUGUAGACUGUAUAUAAUUAGAAACGCACAAUUUGUUUCGUGAUUUACAGUGUAUAUUUUUUCAGCAUAGAUAUUAAGCGUGUUUUUCCAAUAUGGUUUUCAUUGCAAGCGGAAUAGUACAUUACGAUACAAGUACGGAAAAGUAGAUCUCUUCUCGCUUCGCUCGGGCGUAAACGCCACACGAGACGAGAAACUCUUUCCCGAACAUGUGCCGUACCGUAUUUUUUGAUACGACGUGUGGAAAGAGUGAUUUUCAACGCACGUUUUCUACCGAGCGUGCGGGAAAGACGUACUUUGCGCAUGGAGUAUCGAAAUAGUUAAUUAAUGUCAUGUAAUACCUACUCAAUGUUCUAUAAUUUUAUCAAAGACUUGAUUCAUGAAAACUUAAAUAAUAAACGUAUGUAAACCAAACUCUACAUACUAAAUAA